AUGGAACAGCUUGCGGAUUGUAAGCAGGCCAUGUACUACAGCUUCAACCUGUACGACGACGUGGACGACUCGGAGUCUCACCACCGUAUCUUUGCCUGCGCGGCCUAUGGCGAUGACUGGAAUAAUGAUGUCAAGGCUCAGUCCACGGCUAAACGCCCUGCCAAGGAGAACAAAGUCAAGUUUGAGAUUGGCUGGUGGUCGCAUUCCUCCGGCAGUGAAACCGGAUACCGCUCCUUGAUCAAGCAGCUGCGCGACUAUGUCGCCAACGGACACGCUCAGUCCAACAAGACUACGAUGCUCUAUGCCCAGUUUGACGGUACCGCAGCUGGCCUUUACAUCGGAAACAAUAUUCGCAGCACUGAUGUCAGCUCCCUUGCUCUGGAUCCUCUCCUGACCGACACUCAUCAGUUUAACGGACACAGAGACGCCCUGGCCAUGCAGCUUUGCGGACCGGACUAUGACUCGCAGCACGUCUUUGGCUUCAUGGCCGUCACGAACGGGAGUUUUGGCGCCAUUCGAUCUGCGUUUAAGUCAUGGUCCAAUGCCGAGUGCCUUGCUUUUGACCAGACCAGGAACUUCACCGCCAGCGCGCACUUCACCGCACCCAUGUUAUCUUCCAUCAAGGGCAGCAACUCAACGACAAACGGUACAACCGCGAAUAACUCUACUUCGCUUGCCAAGUCCACCAAGCGCUGGGCCCGUGGGAUGUUCAACCCGCGCGCAGAAUGCCGCACCGAAAAGGUCCAGCAGGACGACAGCUGCGCUGCCUUGGCCCAGAGGUGCGGCAUCUCCGGCGCCGACUUCACCAAGUACAACUCGGAGAAGGGGUUCUGCUCCAAGUUGAAGCCCGGACAGCACGUUUGCUGCUCCUCCGGCACCAUGCCCGACUUUCGCCCCAAGCCGAACCAGGACGGUUCGUGCGCCACGACGACGGUGGGCGAUGGCGAGAGCUGCUCCUCCAUCGGCGCGGCCAACAGCCUCACCAACGACGACAUUGACGAGUUCAACAAGCACACCUGGGGCUGGACCGGGUGCAAAAACAUCUUCAAGGACGCAGUUAUUUGCAUCAGCAAGGGCUCGCCUCCCAUGCCCGCUGCGGUGUCUGACGCCGAGUGCGGGCCGCAGGUCCCUGGCACCAAGCCCCCAAAGGACAUGACCAAGCUCGCGGAUCUCAACCAGUGUCCUUUGAAGGCCUGUUGCAACACAUGGGGCCACUGCGGCACGACGGACGACUUUUGUACUGACUCCGGCACUGGCGCCCCUGGCACGGCCAAGCCCGGCACCAACGGCUGCAUCUCCAACUGCGGCACCAAGAUUGUUAAGGGAAACGCCCCGGUGCAGUACCGCAGCGUCGGCUACUACGAGGGGUUCCAGUUUAAGCGCGAGUGCCUCUUCCAGGACGCUCUGCAGAUUGACGAGUCCCAGUACACGCACCUGCACUUUGGCUUUGGUGACAUUUCUGCCGACUACCAGAUCAGCAUCGGUGACGACAUGACCAAGUACGAGUUCAACAACUUCAGAUACCUCCGCGGACCCAAGAAGAUUCUCUCUUUCGGUGGCUGGGACUUUUCGACUCAGCCCGCGACGUACCAAAUCCUGCGUCAGGGGACGACGCCGGCCAACCGUGUCAAGCUAGCGACCAACAUUGCCAACUUCAUCAAGGACAACAACCUCGAUGGAGUUGACAUUGACUGGGAAUACCCGGGUGCCCCCGACAUCCCCGGAGUACCUCCCGGAGACAAGAGCGAAGGAACAAACUACGUGGCUUUCCUCGCGCUCUUGAAGAACCUCCUCCCCGGCAAGUCCGUAUCCAUUGCCGCGCCGGCCUCGUACUGGUACCUCAAGGGCUUCCCCAUCGACAAGAUCAGCAAGAUUGUCGACUACAUCGUCUUCAUGACCUACGACCUGCACGGCCAGUGGGACGCGGGAAACCCCAACGCGCAGCUCGGCUGCAGCGACGGCAUGUGUCUGCGCAGCCACGUCAACCUGACGGAGACGAUGAACUCGCUCGCCAUGGUCACCAAGGCGGGGGCCGACUCGGGCAAGAUCGUCGUCGGCGUCAGCAGCUACGGCCGGUCGUUCAAGAUGGCCUCGGCGGGCUGCGACGGCCCCAACUGCAAGUACACGGGCGGCAGGCUGAGCUCCAACGCGAAGAAGGGCGAGUGCACCGACACGGCCGGCUACAUCUCCAACGCCGAGAUCAGCGACAUCAUCGCCGACUCGUCCCGCGUCAACAAGCACUUUGUCGACACUGGCAGCAACAGCAACAUCCUCGUCUACGACGACACCGAAUACGUGGCCUACAUGACCCCCAACAUCCGCGCGAGGCGCACAGCGCUGUACAAGGCGCUGGGCAUGGGCGGCUCCGUCAACUGGGCCACUGACCUGGAAAGGUUCACGGACGCGCCGUCGGGCGUCGACGGCUGGAAGAACUUCAAGCUGCAGAUCAAGGCCGGCAACAACCCCGUGCGCCAUGCGGGCAGUCGCCACGGCAACUGGACCAAGUUGACCUGCGACGACCCGUACUACCAGGAGACGGCCGACUACUCGCCCGCGGAGCGCUGGGCUGGGCUGGGCGGUAGCGACGCCUGGGGCGACAUUGUCGACGACUGGAAGAAGUACCGAGACGAUGCCAACGGCAAGCCGCGCUUGGGCUUCACUGCCUUUAUCGUGUAUCUCAUCGGCGGCCCGCCGGGUUCGGACUGCGGUGAGAUCCUCUCGGGCAGCAACUGCAGACAGACGAUUGACUGCAAGAACCUCGACGAGAAUGACAAGACUGGUCCGGCGGCAACCCUGAUAUGGAACUCGUUUGUCAAGCUCAGCUCGACAUAUGCCAAGUACCACGAGUCGCUCGUUUCUGCGUCUGCCCUCUUGAUUGACAACUCACUCGACGACCUCGAGAACAAGUUUGCCCCGGUGCCCCCGCCCAAGGACGACUCGUGGCUGAAUAUCCUGCUGGGAUUUAUUUCCAUGGGCACGCCGAUGAUUGGCGGCAAGUUCUUUUCCGAUGUCAUUUCCAAGCUGCCAGCACUGGCGUCCAAGACGCCGCAAGCCCUCGAAAAGGGCAAGACGGCCUUCAACACCAUUCUCUCCGGCGGGGUGUUGAUUGGCACGAACCUCAAGGGCUCGUCCAAGGUCGACGACUGGACGAGCGACGCGCAGGAUCAAUUCUCAAACUACCUGGGCCAGAGCCUCUACGUCUGGGACAACAUCACCAAGGUCGACCUCGACGACCUCUUCGACGGCUCCGACAAGUCGAUUGAGCGCCUGACGACGCUCCUCUCCGGCGGCACGUUUGUCGACGGCGCGACGGACCAGGCGACGCACGAGCAGAAGAAGUCGGUCGAGGAUAGCUUCAUCCGCGCCUUUUACGGCUUCGCCAUCCCGUCCGUAUGGAAGGCCUCGGGUCACCACCCCUUCGUCAUCGACACGGGCCGCGACUGCGACGACAAGGACGGCUCCAAGUACACCAAGGACCUCAAGUCUGCGUGCCACGAGGGGAGGCUGUACCAGCUGGCCGACCCGGAUGGCAAGUCGCACCCCUGCGAUCCCAACUGCGGGUUCCCCGGUGGCUGCACGUGCCCCGACAGCUCGUUUUCAUCCCUCAAGGGCGAGAAGGAGCUGGACGGCAAGAGCUGGGGCGGCAUCAAGGUCGAGGACAUUAUCAUCGGCGCGGUGAGGACGUACAAGCAAAACGACGGACAAAACGGCGGCGACCUCGCCGAUCCCACCAACUCGGGCACGUUCGACAGCCUCGUCAAGGACGACAUCACGACGCCGGGCUACAUCCGCCUGCCCGUGUGCAGCGAGACGCUGGCGCGCAAGUCGUGGGAGAACGCGGACAAGACGGAGGGCACGCGCGACAAGGACAACUUCCCGUGCAACGUGGCCAACGGCAAGGACUACUGCAGCGGCUCGACCUUUGAGGACCAGACAAGCGGCGCGUCCCCGCCCGUGUCGGACUGCCUGCAGAUCGUCAAGAACAUCGAGGGCACCUCGGGGUCGUGGAACACCUUCAUCGAGACGCAGCGCGAGAUAUUGCACUUCGGCGAGUGCAAGUUUGGCGUCACGGGCAAGGGCCGCAAGGGCAACUCCAACUUUGACGUGGGCGCGCAGGACGUCGUCGACAUCAUCAAGGACGCGGUCAAGCAGUUUGGCGGCGGCGGCAAGGUCGGCGCCAAGGGCACGAUGCAGUGCAACGGAAACAUUAAGCAGCAAAAGGUGGAAUGGGGCCUUUACUAG